CACGCUAGCAGCCAGAUGCACCCACGCAUCUGUGGCAGCCGAAUAGUCGAGAAGCGUCUCUCUUGCCCUCUCUCUGCUUCUUUCCUGUCCCUGUCCCUUUCUCAACUUGCAGUCGUAUCAUACGUAAGAAAACAGCCUACAUAUGCAGCGUCUCCUCUCACAACGACAGCGGCACCCCCGGUGGCCUCGACGCCCCCUCAACGACCUGCACAAGGCCGUGGAGCGUGGCGACACCGAGCGCGCGGUAGCCCUGCUGUCGAGCAAGAAGUUCAAUGUCGAUGAAGGUGGUGGCUCGAUGGGCGUGACCCCGCUCAUGAUUGCCAUCUUCAAGGGCAACCUGCGCAUGGUCAAGAUCCUUCUCGACGAAGGUUGCAACUUGUCGAUAACCAACGAUGACGGGGCUGGUCCUCUCCACCUCUCGGCUCAGGGGGGGAAGUUGAGUAUAACGCGUUUACUGGCAGAAAGGGGCGCAGAGAUAGAGGCGUCGACUUGGAUGAGCGCGACACCGCUUCACGUCGCUUCGGACGAAGGACACUCGGAGGUGGUGAGAGCACUGUGCGAGGCAGGCGCGGACGUCCACACCAGAAAAGCGGACAGGUCAACACCGCUCAUCUCUGCGGCGAUAAGAGGACACGCGAACUCGACCAGGGAGCUUCUGCCCGCGAAAGCAAACCCGCUGCUGGUUAAGCCUAAUGCUGUAGGUAAGAAUUUCACUCCGCUGGAUGCGGCAGCACUGCACGGGCGGGCGGAGGUGGUGCGCGAGCUGAUAAAGCAGGUCGGCAUCAGAGACUGA